AUGUCAUCUUCAUCCAAUUCACUUUCGCCGGCGAAAAUCGAUCAAUUGUUUGCAUUCGGAUCCAAUGGUCACGGGCAACUUGGUAUCGGUUCUAAAGAUGACACAAACAUUCCAACCCGAUGUAUCCUUUCUGACAAUCCCAAGAAUUUUUCACCCAAAUAUAUCACCGGAGGUGGAAAUCAUUCGGCCAUAAUAACUCACGACGGAGAACUGUGGAUAAGCGGUUUGAACAAUGAUGGUCAAUGCGGACCUUUUUCGUCUUUGUAUGAUAAUACUAUGACUAAUGAUUCAUCAACUACCAUUUAUCGUAGGAUGAUUUUACCCGAAGAAUUGAGAUCCAAGAUGAAAUGGCGGCACGUAGCCUGUGGAUGGGCUUUCACGGUUGCC